AUGGUUCUUCCGGAAGGUGUCCGAGCUCGCCAAGAUGCUGUCAACGGGAUGUUGAAGGUGCAUUCUUACAACAAUUUCAGACCCGAAACGGCUUAUCUAUCAGUGACCCAUCUGGAUCGCUUCCUCUACACUUAUGAUCUUCCUGGGAAAGAAUGGUCCUUGCAGCUGCUAUCAGUGCCAUGCAUAGCCUUAGCUGUAAAAAUGGAGGGAAUGAGUGCUCCACUUCCAUUAGACUUGCAGGUGAUGGAACCCAGAUUCCUCUUCACAGCCAUGACAGGCCAACAAAUGGAGCUCCUGCCUCGUUUCUUCUCCCAGUUUUACAGUUCCAGCAAUGUUUCGGAUCUCAUUCUCGCCUCCUGCCGAGUGACGGAUCAAUUGAAUUUUCUAUCAUCCUCAAUAGCUGCGGCUUCUCUGCUUUGGGUGACCAGUAAAAACGUGGAUGACCAGAUAUUGGAACACUUCCACUUAAUGGACAUUCUUCAUGGUUCUGAAUAUGUGCCGACAUGA